AGGCCGCCUCUUCAAAAGGAGGCUCACUCCUUCCACUUCUUUCUCUCCUCACUCCGACAUCGAUACCCUCACGACACUGCUGGUCAGGUCGUCACGCUUCAAGCAACCCUCUGCUGGUCAGAUCAUCAUCCUCACCUAGCUCGCCAUGCGCUUCACACUCUUUAUCACCCUCGCCACCCUCGCAACGGCUAGCCUCGCGGCGCCUGUUUCUGUCGACGAGCAAAUCUCCCUCGAAGCUCGCAGGCUGGGCGGCUUUGCCAAGAUGGGCGGCGGUGGCCGCGGAGGAGGCAUGGGCGGCGGCCUGAUGCAGAUGCUUCCCUUCGUCGGCAUGCUCGGAGGGGGAGGUUCUUCGUCGUCGCAGAGCGAUAUUCCUCCGCCUCCGCCGCAGGCUGUCAGCCCGGCGUUCCAGCAGACGCCUGCCUGGGCUGCCCAGGGUGCGAGCGCACAGAUGUGAGAGGUUUGCGUGGGGCUGCGGUGUCCACGCUGGUCCCAUGAGGGGCGCUGUAUCUGAAAUAGCAUUGAUAUGAAGC